AUGGGGUCCAGGAUUGGGUCAGAGGGGCUGCGGGCGGCCGUGCAACUGGUGGGGUCCGGAGGUGGUCUCCAGACACCCGGGGGGUCCCUGCGCCUCCUCUGCAAGGCCUCCGGCUUCACCUUCAGCAGCUAUGCCAUGAACUGGGUGCGACAGCCACCUGGGAAGGGGUUCGAGUGGGUCGCAAUUAUUAGCAGCGAUGGUAGUAGCACCUGGUACGCGCCGUCGGUCAAGGGACGCUUCACCAUCUCGAGGGACAACUCCCAGAGCACGCUCACGCUGCAGAUGAACAGCCUCAGGGCCGACGACACGGCCACCUACUACUGCGCAAAACUUGGGCUGCGGGCGGCCGUGCAACUGGUGGGGUCCGGAGGUGGUCUCCAGACACCCGGGGGGUCCCUGCGCCUCCUCUGCAAGGCCUCCGGCUUCACUUUCGGCAACAAAGCCAUGAACUGGGUGCGACAGGCGCCCGGGAAGGGGCGCGAGUACGUCGCGAGUAUUAACAGCGGUUACACAAACUACGCGCCGUCGGUCAAAGGACGCUUCACCAUCUCGAGGGACAACUCCCAGAGCACGCUCACGCUGCAGAUGAACAGCCUCAGGGUCGAUGACACGGCCACCUACUACUGCGCGAAAGAUGAUGAUGGUGGUGGUCCUGACCUCAGCACCUUCUUGAAAUCCUUCCAGAAACACCCACGUCGUCUUGGAAAACUGGACCCUUGCACCAAGCACACAAGCCUUUCUUGA